AGAGAGACCGUCUCUCUGAACUCUGAAUAAAAGAAGCCGAUAACAAUCCUGGAAAAAGGGAGUUUUUUUUUUCUGUUUUUCCUUUCAGAUGACAAAAGUUAAUAUUGGAAAAUUGUUAGCAAAAUUUGUAUUGCGGAGUAUGGUUGGAUAUUUCCCGAGUAUAAAUAGUUGGACGCUUUCAAAUAAAGUGUCGUCACAAUCCUAAAGAUGAUGUUGGACCCUUUCAAAUAAAAACGUUAUCACAAUCUAUAGAUGAUUGAAAACCGAGGAGAGAGUUUAUGUCUAAUUUAAACUCUACCAGUCUGAACCUAUUGCCUUCACGCUCCACAAGUCAUUAGUCCCCUCCCAAAACACAGCAGCAAUACCAAUGGCGAAGAAAGGAGAAAAGCAACCCCAGGCAUCGAAACGAAAACGAAAUCCCCGCACAAAAGAAAAACCAGAUGCUUCUUUUAUAUCUUCCACUACUAUGGAAAUUGAUCACUACAAAAUACUUGGAGUGAAUCGCAACGCGAGCCCGGAUGAGGUGAAGAAAGCAUACAGGAAACUGGUCAUGUUUUGGCACCCUGACAAACACUUGCAGGAAGAAGCUCGAGCUAAGGCCGAGGCCAAGUUCAAGGAAAUCAACCAGGCUUACCAGAUUCUCAACGACCCUGUGAAACGACACAACUACGAUAAUCAGCAUGCAAAUAUAGCCAACUCCAAUAGGACGGCAUCGUCAUUUUCGUUUCCUCCUAGUAAGGAUGAAAAUACUUUUGCUACCGUGUUUGGAUUUGGUAGUCGGAGGACAGAUUCAAUGGUGUAUAGUCCAUUGGAGUGUAGCUUGGAGGAGCUUUAUCAGGGUACUACGAAGAAGAUGAAGGUGACGAGAGCAGUGACGAAUGCUUUGGGGGAGGAGACUAUGGUGGAGCAGCCUUUGACAGUCAACAUAAAACCUGGUUUCCGGCACGGCACCAAUAUAACUUACAAGGUGGAAGCUAAUACAGCAGAUGUAGGUUUCGUCAUCAAAGAGAAACAACAUUCCGUGUACGAGAGGCAUGGGAAUGAUCUCAUAGUCCACCAGGAGAUAACACUGCUGGAGGCGCUCACCGGCGGUAGGACUCUUGAUCUGACCACCCUGAAUGGAAGGAAGCUCAUGGUCCCGUUACCCGAUGAUGUCAUCAGAGCUCCUGGGGAUGAAAUGGUUGUACCAGGUGAAGGAAUGCCAAUCUCAAGCCAACCUGGGGUAAAAGGAAACUUGAGGAUCAAGUUCAAUGUCAAGUUUCCUUCGAGCAGCCUCACUGCAGAACAGAAAUUGGAUUUGAAAAGAGGCUUGGGAGGAGUUCCGUUUUGA